CGCGCCUGGCCGAGGCUGAGCCGCGGCGGCCGCUGCGGGGCUGAGAGAAGAUGGCGGCGCCGGGCGAGUACUUCAGCGUGGGCAGCCAGGUGUCGUGCCGCACCUGCCAGGAGCAGCGCCUGCAAGGGGAGGUCGUCGCCUUCGACUACCCCAGCAAGAUGUUGGCGCUCAAAUGCCCCUCUUCCAGUGGAAAGCCUAAUCACGCAGAUAUCCUGCUUGUAAACUUACAGUAUGUCUCAGAAGUGGAAAUAAUUAAUGACCGCACGGAAACGCCACCUCCUUUAGCUUCACUCAAUGUUAGCAAGCUUGCCAACAAAGCACGGACGGAGAAAGAGGAGAAGAUGAGCCAGGCGUAUGCAAUUAGUGCUGGUGUCUCUCUGGAGGGGCAGCAGCUCUUCCAGACUAUACAUAAGACCAUUAAAGACUGUAAAUGGCAGGAGAAGAACAUAGUUGUGAUGGAAGAAGUUGUUAUCGCCCCUCCUUAUCAAGUGGAAAACUGUAAAGGCAAAGAGGGAAGUGCCCUGAGUCACGUACGCAAAAUAGUGGAGAAACAUUUUCGAGACGUGGAAAGCCAGAAGGUAAUGCAGCGUUCACAAGCACAGCAGACACAGAAGGAGACCUCCCUCUCGUCCUGAGGCGCCGGGGGGGGGUCUCCCCCGCCACCCCCCACCCAGGAGGCACCACCGGAGGGCGGCGGCGGGGGGUUCCGCUUUUAUUUCCUUUUUUUUUUUUUUUUUUUUUUUUCUCUCGAGCUCAUUAACAGGGGAGCUCAACUGAUUCCAAACCUUAGACUUUAAAAAAAAACAAAACAAAACAAAAAAACACAAAAAAACAAACAAACAAAAAAAAACCAAAAGAGAAAAGAGAAUAAUUUAAAAGCUCAUGCAUUACUUGACUAACAGACUUUCUUUUGUCCGCCAUGUUUUCUUCCUUACCAGCCAGUCAGACUUUGUUAGUUUUAUUUUUUGGACCUUCUCCCCCGCCCCGACUCUUCCCUUGCUGCCAGCGUCCGCCCCGCUUUACUUUUCUAAAGGGGGUCUGUCACCCUGUGUCCAAGUCCCAAAAAGGGUCUCCCCUUCACCAAGCCCCCCCCACCCCAAAAAUAAAAGUAACGAGCUGACUGUGGUGGCCGAACCGGGACCCUUGUGACCAGCGCGGUCUCGUUUUAAUUUUGUUUGCACAGGGCAAGGCUUGAAUUAGUCUUAUUUUUCUUAUCUUUAAAUAUAUAUAUGAAUAUAUAUUAAAAUGUUCUUUAAAUAUUUUUCUGCUUCUAGCAGUUCUCUCCACCAGGAUCGUGGCAAAAAAACCCUCCUGUGUCCCCCCACCCUCACCCCAACCUGGGGAGCCCAAGGGGGUUUGGGUGCUGGGGCAGGGGGGGCUACGGCCCCCCUUGGCCCCCCCACCCGGGGUCUGUGGUGGGGUUUCCCCCCCACUUUCCUUUAAUUUUUUUCAUUUUUGCCCCUUUGUUCUUAAAGUUUUUAUUUUCUUUUUUUUUUUUUUUUUUUGCCAUGAUCCUCCCCCCUCCCCCCUUUUUUUUUGUUUUUGUUUUUAAAAAAAAUAAAUGGAUCAAAAUCAAACAAUUCAAGCCCUGCCUUUAGAAGAAUUAAAAAUUAAAAAAAAAAACUAAAAAAAAAAAAAAAGGAAAAUUUUUUAGUAUUGUUUAGCAAAA